AUGCUAAAAAUCAUCAUCCCAACCAUAAUAUUAGUCCCCCUAACAUGACUAUCAAAACCCAACAUAAUCUGAAUUAACACAACAGCCCACGGUAUACUUAUUAGCUUAAUCAGCCUGACAUACCUAAACCAAUUUACAGACAAUAACCUAAACCUCUCACUACUAUUCUUCGCAGACUCCCUAUCAACACCUCUACUAGUACUCACAACAUGACUCCUUCCCCUAAUACUCAUAGCAAGCCAGCAUCACCUAUCAAAAGAAACCCUAGUACGCAAAAAACUAUAUAUCACAAUGCUAGUAAUACUACAACUGUUUCUAAUCAUAACAUUCACUGCCACAGAACUAAUUAUAUUCUAUAUCCUAUUUGAAGCCACACUCAUGCCAACAUUAAUUAUUAUCACCCGAUGAGGUAACCAAACAGAACGACUAAAUGCUGGCCUGUACUUUCUAUUUUACACUCUAGUGGGCUCCCUACCCCUCCUAAUCGCCCUGCUAUGAGUCCAAAACAACUUAGGCACCCUUAACCUAUUAAUCAUCCAGUACUGAGCACAACCCCUACCAAACUCUUGAUCCAACACCCUACUAUGACUGGCAUGCAUAAUAGCAUUUAUAGUAAAAAUACCUUUAUACGGACUCCACUUAUGACUACCAAAAGCCCAUGUAGAGGCCCCCAUCGCAGGGUCCAUAGUACUUGCCGCCGUACUCCUUAAAUUAGGGGGGUACGGAAUAAUACGAAUCACCAUUUUACUAAACCCACUAACGAGCCACAUAGCAUACCCAUUCAUAAUACUAUCAUUAUGAGGAAUAAUUAUAACUAGCUCCAUCUGUUUACGUCAAACAGACCUAAAAUCCUUAAUUGCCUACUCCUCUGUAAGCCACAUGGCCCUAGUGAUCAUAGCCGUGCUAAUCCAAUCACCAUGAAGUUACAUAGGAGCAACAGCCCUAAUAAUCGCCCACGGCCUGACAUCAUCCAUGUUGUUCUGUCUAGCCAACUCCAACUACGAACGCAUCCACAGCCGUACUAUAAUCCUCGCACGAGGGCUGCAAACACUCCUACCACUAAUAGCUGCAUGAUGAUUACUUGCCAGCCUUACUAACCUGGCUUUACCACCCACAAUCAACCUAAUAGGAGAACUAUUCGUAGUAAUAGCCUCAUUCUCAUGAUCCAACAUUACCAUUGUUCUAAUAGGAGUAAAUAUCACCAUUACUGCCCUAUACUCCCUAUAUAUACUAAUUACCACACAACGCGGAAAAUAUACACACCACAUCAAAAGUAUUAAACCAUCAUUUACACGGGAAAAUUCCCUUAUAGCCCUCCACCUCCUACCUCUACUCCUCCUUUCACUUAACCCUAAAAUUAUCUUAGGGUCAAUUUACU